UGUAUUUGGUUGUCAUACGACAGAAAGGAGUAAAAGUACCGACGAGUGUGUGUACCGUCACUUUUUCUUUCGAAAGUGUGCUCAAUUUUAUCAUUUGCUUUUGCGUUGUUGGUGUGAAUUUUAACAAAUUUAUUUUUAAGAAUUACCCAAGAUAGUUCAUUCGAUAAUAGUUGGACUAAAUGCUACACAAUUUAUGUCAUCAAGAGAAGAAUAAAAUUCAAUGAAACAGUGGAAUCGAGAUAGUUCGGAUGAAUGGUCGGUUUACACGAUAACGUACAUACCAUACGAUAUAAAGUACGCAAACUCUCUUACGUAUAUAUAGGUGAAGAGCGACAUCCGAAAGAAGUGAACGCAAACGAAAAAGUUGGUUGUACGGUGGAUUGCGUUGUGGCGUUUUAAUGCGUUUGUCGCGUUUGCUGGGACUUAGAAAAUUUCUCGUUCAUUUACCUUCACGAGUUGUUCCGAAGAAGGCUGAAAAUUUUUCUAUCAGUUGUGUGAAUUGGUACAAUUUUUGUGAACUUAGAAAAUUUUCGGUGUGCAUCGCAACCAUGAGCAUCGAAAAUUCAGUUGUCGGCGGAUCUACCGAUUCGGAAAUUAAAACAAUGAAUGGACUAAAUGGUGUGAGUAAUGGACACUCAGUGGUGAGCAGUGGAAGUUUGGAGAAGAAAGAAAAGUCGAAACACAACAGCAGCAGUUCGCAUCAUCAUAAAUCGUCUAGUAAGGAUAAACACCGUGACAAAGAUCGAGAACACAAAAGUUCAAAGACUUCGCAUUCCAGUAGUAGCAAGGAUAAACACCACUCGAGCAGCUCACGUCACGAUAAAGAUAAAUCUUCAUCGGAUAAACAUAAAUCGUCCUCCGACAAGGACAAACACAAGAGCUCAUCUUCUUCGAAACAUCAUUCAGGCAGCAGCAGUGGAAAGGACAAGCACCGUGAUAAAGAUCGAGAACGAGACCAUAAAAGUUCGAAGAGCAGUCACUCGCAUUCCAGUAGCAGCAAGGACAAACACCAUUCAUCCAGUAGUAGCUCACGUCACGAUAAAAGUAAAUCAUCAACGGACAAAGAUAAGGACAAACACAGGAGCUCAUCGUCAAAGCACCAUUCGGGCAGCAGCAGUGGCAAGGACAAGCACCGUGAUAAGGAGCAUAGAGAGCAUCGUGAUAAGGACAAACAUUCAUCGAAAUCUAGCCAUGAUCGUCACAAGGCUGAGAAGAAAGCUUCUGAAAACGGUGUUUCACAUAUUAAAGCCGAACCAGUUGCUGUUAUCAACGAGGAGCUCAGAGAUCCUUUGGACACUGCCAACUUUUCGUUUUCGGAAACGAAUGCCAUUCAGGCAAAUGGCAUUCGCGACUGCUUCGUGAAUGUAUCGCAAAUUUCGGAGACUAGUUCAUGUGACUACUCAAUGUCACAGUUCAGGGCCGAUGAGUCGGCAUUUUCGAUUAAAGAGGAGGCUCCUGAAGUUGACGAUGAUGGCGAGGAGAUUGCCAGUUUUGGUGUAUUUAGAAAUGAAACACUUGAUAGCCAAGACGAUGAAGAUGUUCCGAUUGCCCAAAGAACCAAGAAAAUCAAGCGCGAAAUAACCGAUGACGAAGAUGAAAUGCCGCUAACUGCUCGCAAGAAGCCCAAGACCGAGAAGAAAGAAAAGAAAAUUAAGCGUGAGCCUAGCGACGACGAAGAAGAUGACUAUGACAAACCGAAAAAGAAGAAGAUCAAAAAAGAGAAGAAGGUAAAGGAAGAAAUUAAGACCGAAUCUGCUUCACCACAAAAAGGACGUAAGAAAAAGGAGGGCGAGACACAAGAAGUUUGGAAGUGGUGGGAAGAAGAGAAACCUAAGGAUGGCACGAAAUGGUCGUACUUGGAACACAAAGGGCCGGUAUUUGCACCGGACUAUGAACCACUACCACAACACGUUGUUUUCGAAUAUGAUGGCCACCCAAUGAAAUUAUCACAAGAUGCCGAAGAAAUUGCUGGUUUCUAUGCCAGAAUGUUGGAACAUGACUACACAUCGAAGGAUAUUUUCAAUAAUAACUUUUUUAAAGAUUGGCGCAAAUCCAUGACGUCAAAAGAAAAGGAAAAGAUAACUCGUUUGGAAAAAUGCAACUUCCGGAAAAUGGCUGCAUAUUUUACGGAGUUGUCCGAGCGCAACAAGAAUCGCACAAAGGAAGAGAAGCUUGCACUCAAGGAGGAGAAUGAAAAAUUGAUCAACGAAUAUGGGUUUUGUACAAUUGAUGGUCACAAGGAAAAAAUCGGUAAUUUCAAGAUUGAACCGCCCGGUUUGUUCCGUGGCCGUGGUGAGCAUCCAAAAAUGGGUUUAGUAAAGAAGCGCAUCAUGCCCGAAGAUGUAAUGAUCAAUUGCUCGAAAAACAGUAAGAUUCCAGUGCCACCGAAAGGACAUCGUUGGAAGGAAGUGCGUCACGAUAACACAGUUACAUGGCUUGCGUCAUGGACAGAAAAUGUGCAGGGCCAAGUAAAAUAUGUCAUGUUGAAUCCAAGUUCCAAAUUAAAAGGUGAAAAAGAUUGGCAAAAAUACGAAACCGCCAGACGAUUACACAAACACAUCGAAAAAAUUCGUAGCACCUAUCGUGAGGAAUGGAAAUCGAAAGAGAUGCGUAUACGUCAGCGUGCAGUGGCAUUGUAUUUCAUCGAUAAACUCGCACUGAGAGCGGGUAAUGAAAAAGAUGAAGAUCAAGCCGAUACGGUUGGCUGUUGUUCAUUGCGUGUUGAACACAUCGAACUACACAAAGAACUCAAUGGCAAAGAGAAUGUUGUCGUAUUCGAUUUCCUUGGUAAAGAUUCCAUUCGCUACUACAAUGAGGUAGAGGUUGAAAAACGAGUGUUCAAAAACUUGGAAUUGUUCAAGGAAAACAAAAAAGAUGGGGACGAUCUGUUUGAUCGUCUUAACACGGUUGUUAUGAACGAACAUUUGCGCGAUCUUAUGGACGGUUUAACUGCUAAAGUAUUCCGUACGUAUAACGCCUCAUGGACGCUUCAAAAUCAAUUGCAACAAAUGACCGAUCCAAAUGCAUCGAUACCAGAAAAAUUGCUUGCCUAUAAUCGCGCCAAUCGUGCUGUUGCUAUUUUAUGUAACCAUCAACGUGCUGUUCCUAAAGGCCAUCAGAAGAGCAUGGAAAAUCUUAAAGAAAAAAUUCGGGCUAAACGUGACCAAAUUGACGAUUUAGAAGUCGAUGUUAAGGAUUGCGUGAAAGCAGCCAAACGAGGUUCAGUUAAAGAAAAAGUAAUUGCCGACAAGAAGAAAAAGCAAUUAGAAAAACUGAAGGAGCAAUUGAAAAAGCUAGAGCUACAAGAGACUGAUCGAGAUGAGAACAAAACAAUUGCAUUGGGAACAUCAAAGUUGAACUACUUGGAUCCUCGGAUAUCGGUAGCUUGGUGCAAAAAACAUGGUGUUCCAAUCGAAAAAAUUUAUAAUAAAACACAACGUGACAAGUUCCGUUGGGCUAUCGAUAUGGCUGAUGAGGACUACGAGUUCUAAUUUAAGAACAAUAUUUGACGUCUGAUCAGCCGAUAUUUUCGAAUACUACAUAAGGAUAGUAUGUAGAUUUUUUUUCUCUCGCAAAGUUGAUUGCAAAAAUAUAAAUACAAAUAUGAAUAACGAUGCGAUGCGAAAGAAGCCAAAAUUUUCAAAAUGUAACAAAAUCCUGCACAUUCAACGCAAUUAUUUACAUCCAAAACAAAAUACUGAAGGAAGAAUUAGAAACAAAAGAGGAGAUCUUGCUAUUAACAAAAAUGUCUGUAGUUAUGUUAGGUAAUUAAAUGAAUGGUAUGAAAAAAAAAUUAUGCAAACAACAAACGUUAAUAUUUAGGCAACCUAUAUAAAAUGAAACAAUUGUCGAUUAAAAUUGUAAUUAAUAGCUUUUUCGAAAGAAAAAAAUUAAAUAUUAUAUUUCAUUAGGUUUUAUUUCUCUUUUAAUCGAUGCAAUAAUAUCGAACUUUGAAAAUAUUGUUUGCUAAAGAAACCCCAACAAAAUAUCAAAUUUCAACGCGAAACAAUUAAUUGUAUAAGAGUCGGGGCCAGUUACAUUUUUUUUUUGGUUUUUAGACUGUUUUAUUUGGUGAAUAAGUGUCUAAUAUGACAUAAAACAGCAGGUCACCAGCUAUACCGCCUUCAACAAAUCUAUUUUUUAAAUUCCUGUUUAAUAUUUUUGCAUUGUACAACUAAAUUUUCCGAAGAAAUGGAAGUGUUUGAUAUUUUUUGAAUGAAAUUGCAUAUGGGCAACAACAAAAUAAAAACUACCAUCAACAAUAUGGAAACAAAAAAAUAUCUUAUUUUAUUAGUGAUUAUUGUAAAUUUAAUUUUAGAGAUUAUUAUCAUAAAAAAAAACUUGAAAAAUUCCAUUAAUGGAUUGCUAUUUACGAAUGAGACAAAUCAAUGCGAAUUAUUUCAUGAUAUAACCCAAAUAGCUGAUAUCAAUUACAAUAAAAAUUAAAAUACAAAGUAUUUUGAUGUGAAUUUAUUUUCAACUAUGUGUGUAAUAUGUUUUUUUGAAGUAAUAAAGUGAGAGAAAUCACACAUCUAACGUGGAAA